AUGGAGCGGUGCGGCCGCUGGCUGCGGGCCGGGCUGGCCACCGGGCAGGUGCGCCGCCGGCUGCCCUGGCUGCUGCUCGCCAUCGUCCUCCUCGGGUCCGCCCUCAAGGACGGCGACCUGGUGCCCGAGACGCCCAUGCGGAACAAGCGCAACCCGCUCAACGUAUAUUUUGUGAAGGUGGCUUGGGCUUGGACGUUCUGGCUUCUGCUGCCCUUCAUCGCAGUCACCACCUACCAGUUUGCCGAGAGCAAGUUCCUCUAUGGUCCCACGAAGAGCAUUUUGAUGGUGCUGCGUCGUCUCAGUGCGCUGCUAGUGGGCACUGCCAUCUGGUACGUCUGCACCGGACUCUUCAUGUAUAUCGAGAAUCUCACCGGCAUGUGCUCUACCUCGGGUAAACUCGGCGAGCCGCGACGGCUGUAUGCCACCAAGCAGGAGUGCCACCAGGACAACGGGAUCUGGAAUGGUUUUGAUAUCUCAGGGCACUGUUUUCUGCUCUCGUACUGUGCUCUGAUGAUUGUGGAGGAAGUGGCUGUGCUGGAAGGCUUUUCCAUAGACCAGAACUCUAAGCUGCAUGUUGUGAUCAACGGCCUGUUUGUUUCCUUGUGUUUUCUCACCAUGAUCUGGGUGUUCAUGUUUCUCUGUACUGCCGUGUAUUUCCAUGACUUCAGUCAAAAGCUUCUCGGUGUGCUGAUAGGUCUGUCAGCUUGGUAUGGGACAUACAGAUUUUGGUACUUGAAACCCUUUUCUCCUGGACUACCUCUUCCAAAUAUACCUUUGAGUUCAAAGAAAUACAGUUAUAGCAGAUAAAAUAAGUUUUAAAAUUUUUGGAUUUUGCUUUCAAUACUGGAGUAGUUGAAUGUAGGAAUGAUUACUGGUUUUCCACUGUAAGGAAGAAGGUGAUGGGCAGGAGGAAACCAAAUCUGUACUAGCUGAUGGCUCGCAGGUGGCAAUGAGCUUCUUCCUUGGGAGGGAAAAAAAAUUGGAAUUGGAAGAGGACUGCUCUUGUUUAGGAGCUGCUGACUGGCAUUCUCAGCAAAGAAAUCAGAAGUUGGAUCUGUUUCUCUUACUGAUAAAUGAUGAGCAGGUCCAAGGCUGACAGAGGCCUUUGCUCUUUAAGAGCUUGACUGAUCUGAAAUUAAUUCUCCCUUUUUCUUUUUGAUUUAUUGAUGUCAAAAUAUCGUGGAUGAUCCAAACCUCAUACUUUUUUUUAAUACUCCUAUUUGUAUUGCCUUAUGGGAAAGCUCUAAUAACGACAGUGCUGCUAAGUGUUGCAAAAAUAUCAAUACAGUAUAUAAAGCAGCGAAACCAGAACAUCUCAUGUUACCAAGUGUUUAAUACACUAACUUGCCACAAAUGCUUGUUAGCUGUCUGCACCUUCUGCAACAAAAAGAGUAAAUCUGAGAUCUAAUGUCUUAAGCAGACUGUGACUUUAAAUUCAUGCCUGCCUUUGAAAAGGAAACUCUUGAAAAACAAGCCUUAACUUUCUCCUUAGGUGAAGUAACUGUAAUAAUAUUUUGUCAUUUUAUUCUUGACAGGAAAAAACAAACUCCUUCCAAUUUUGCUAAAAAGUCUAAUUGAGAAUUGAGGUUUUAAUUUUUUAAAAAUCUUAUGAGUUGCACACUUUGCAACAAGUACUUUGUGGUAUGUUUCUUCUAGAAGAACAAUGAAAUUCUGGUGUUAUAAACAAGUUAGCUCAACCUGCUAUUUCCUGAAUAGUCUGCUUGGUAAUGAGUGAAACACAUUGUUUAUCCUAAGAGCUGCAAAGCAAAAGCAGUGUGCUUGAAGCAAUAUUUAUUCUUGCUUAUGCAGCAAUAUCAAUAAGCUACUUAAUUUUGAUUGCACAUAAAGCUGUGGCCACUUUUGAUGUGGCUGGAAACCCACUACUGAAUAAAACACUAUAAUUAAUAGGCAUGAGGUGGGAUGGGUUUACUCAUCAUAUCAAUCAGACAUUUAGCAUAGUUUUUAUCUUGAAAAGCUUUUUAUUAUUUCAUAAAGGCUUAUUCAUUAUGCAAUUGCACAAAAUUUGUUUGACGGUUGUAGUGAUGAGCAAGACAGCCAAAAAGGUCUGUGGGUGAGGCUGUAGAUAGAGUCCGCUAAUCUGAGAGUAGGCUUGAUCUGCCUGUAGCGUUUGACUCCAGGGUGAUUAUUUUUCUGAAUAUAGGGUAUGAUGCACUGUAGUCUAAUCUCAGCACACUUCUUUUUGUCAUCUCAAGAGCUCUCUUCCAGCAAGAGAGCAGUAGCAUUUGCAAUAAAUACAGCAGCGUUAAUUCCACACUUGUGGUCUGCCUCUGAGGAGAGCUGAAUUCACCUGAAUUUCCUCUGAAUUCAGUGGCAAGUGGGAGCUGUUGUGUGUCCUUAGAAAAUACAAAUCACCUCGCAGAAAGAAGCUGUUUCAGGAGGUUGUGUAUUUUCUGUCAAGCUCCUUUUCUUUUUGCAUUAAAUUGCCUUUUAAGCUGAUUCUGUGGAAAAUUUGCACUGAUUAACUCAUAUUGGGUUUAACUAAAUUUGUUUAAAAGAUGCAAAUUCAUUUGCAGACAUUCUUUUGAUGUAGUGUAAGCCUGCUCCCAAUAGAGUUAAGCUAGACUGCAAGCCACUUUCACCAUGAAAAAGGAUUAUAUACCCAGAAGGUUUUCUGAUUAAUUUCGUUAGAUUUAAAUUUCUGGUUUAGGUUAUCUUUGUGUAACUUUGCUAUAUAGACAAAGCCUUGGAAUAGGAAAUGCUAUUUAUUUAAACCAACUGACUUGCUGAAACUAUCUUCAGUUCCAGAAAUGUUUUGUGCAAUCACUAUAUGGAUAUUUCUGUCCAUUUCUAACCAGUGUCAUACAAACGUUUUAUUAUGGAAAUAAUGUGGGAUAUGGUUAUUCUCAAAACUUGUAUUUAAACAAUGAAAGAAAAAUACUUAAACUUUAUCGGUGUUUGUGUCUUUGAGAAUCUUUUUCCGAUGUCUGUAAAGAUACUGCUGUUACUCUUAAUUUCCUUGAAUGAUCCAGCCUCACGGUGUUUUUGUGACUACUAGAUGCAUGAUCAAACUGACGUUGAUAAUUCUGCAGUUUUUGAAUGGGUUAAUAUAGCACAGGUUCUCAAAAGUACAAGGUAUAAAAAGAAACAAAACAACAAAAAGCCAUGUCUGACAAAAGCAAGUUUCCUAAUGUGUGCCUGUUACACCAGACAGUUGAUUUCGUAGACAUGGACGGUUGCUUAUUAUAGCAAAGUGAAAGCCUAAUCCAUUGAAAUAUAUGGAAAAAUUCUUGCAGGCUGUAAUACCGCUUCUGAGUUUGGAAAUCUCGGCGUACAUGUCUUUCUCAGUACCCACAGACCAUGUGCCAAUUGUUGGCUUAGAAGGUUCCCUUGUGCUCCAGACCUUUAUUUGAGCUUUUUAACUCUAUUUCAGAGGAAAUCUUUGCUUCCCUGCACUUUAACUGGAAACUAAAGGUUGCAAAUUUUCUGUUCACGUAUUUGCCACCACCUUUAUCUGACUUCCUUCCCUCCCCCAAAUACACUUUUAUCAUUAAAAUAAAAAUGCAGCCUCUCUACGACAGAUUUGCAGCCAAAGAGAAACAGUGCUGUGAGUAGCUGGAUUUGAUGUCCUGUGCCAAAGGCACAAAUCAGCUGUCAAUAGGUAUUACUAAUUUGUUUCAAGUUUUUUAAUGAAGUGUAACAUUUUAAAGAUAAAUUUUCAUAUUUUGU